AUGAGUUUGAAUGCAUUUGCAAAUUUGUGUGAAUUGCUACAAGUUCAAGGUGGGUUAGACGAAGAUGGUCAUGUUGGCAUAGGCGAGCAAGUAGCAACUUUCAUGAUCAUAUUAGCUCAUCAUACCAAAAAUCGCAGCGUACAAGUUAGGUUUUAUAGGUCUGUUGAAACUAUUAGUAGGUAUUUUCAUAAGGUAUUAGGUUCGGUUUUGCGUGUCCAACGUGUGUUAUUUGCAAAGGCAGACCCUGUACCAGAGGAUUGUAUAGAUCCUAGAUGGAAAUGGUUUAAGGGUUAUCUAGGAGCAUUAGAUGACACUUACAUAGAUGUCACAGUCCCAAGGGUGAUAAAUCUAGGGUCUUAUUAUUUAGUGGACGCUGGCUAUACCAAUGGUAGAGAAUUUUUAUCUCCUUAUAGAAAUGUCAGGUAUCAUGUGAAUGAGUGGGCUCAAGGUCACCGUGCACCACAAAAUCGUCUAGAGUUAUUUAAUAAGAAGCACUCUUCGGCUAGAAAUGUGAUUGAGUGGUGCUUCGGGUUGCUUAAGAAGAGAUGGGCAAUUCUACAAAACCUCUCAUUCUAUCCAAUUAGAAUUCAAAGCUACAUUAUUAUUGCGUGUUGUUUGUUACAAAAUUUUAUUCGGAUGAACAUGGAUGUUUAUCCCGAGGAAGAUGCAACUGUUUUACCAGAGCAUAUACUCGUAGGAGAUGACACAAUUGUUGAUGAAGCCGACAUAAUUGAUGUUGUGGAAAGUAGCCAUGAGUGGACUCAAUGGCGUGAGGACUUAGCAACUGAAAUGUGA